GCCUACAGUGCUGUCUCGCCUCUCCCGCAGCUCUGCAGUGUCGCCGUGCGCAGAGUUCCACAGCUCUGCUUCCCAAGCAGGUGAGCAGAGGCUGACAACACAGCGCCUUUGUGGACAGGAGCCAUGUUGCUGGAACUCCUUCUCGCCUCGGUGCUGGGCUUCGUCAUCUACUGGUUCGUCUCUGGAGACAAGGAGGAGAGUCUGCCACUGGAGGAUGGGUGGUGGGGCCCGGGGUCGAGGCCCGUAGGCCUGGAGGACGAGAGCAUCCGGCCCUUCAAGGUGGAGACGUCGGACGAAGAGAUCAACGACUUACACCAGAGGAUCGACAGGAUCCGCUUGACCCCACCUUUGGAGAACAGCCGCUUCCACUACGGCUUCAACUCCAACUACCUGAAGAAGAUCCUCUCCUACUGGAGGCACGAAUUCGACUGGAAGAAGCAAGUGGAGAUUCUGAACUCAUACCCUCACUUCAAGACCAAGAUCGAAGGGCUGGACAUCCACUUCAUCCACGUGAAGCCCCCGCAGGUGCCCCCUGGCCGCACCCCCAAGCCCUUGCUGAUGGUGCAUGGCUGGCCCGGCUCCUUCUUCGAGUUCUACAAAAUCAUCCCGCUGCUGACUGACCCCAAGAGCCACGGCCUGAGCGAUGAGCACAUCUUUGAAGUCAUCUGCCCUUCCAUUCCGGGCUAUGGCUUCUCGCAGGCAUCUUCCAAGAAGGGCUUCAACUCGGUGAGCACCGCCAGGAUCUUCUACAAGCUGAUGCUGCGGCUGGGCUUCCAGGAGUUCUACAUCCAGGGCGGGGACUGGGGGGCCCUGGUCUGCACUAACAUGGCCCAGCUGGUGCCCAGCCACGUGAAAGGUCUGCACUUGAACAUGGCUUUGAUUUUAAGAAAUCACUACACUCUGACCCUCCUGCUGGGACGGCGCAUUGGGGGACUUCUUGGCUACACUGAGAGGGACAUGGAGCUGCUGUACCCCUUCAAGGAGAAGGUGUUCUACAGUCUGAUGAGGGAGAGCGGCUACAUGCACAUCCAGGCCACCAAGCCCGACAGUGUGGGCUGUGCUCUGAAUGACUCUCCCGUGGGACUGGCUGCAUACAUUCUAGAGAAAUUUUCCACUUGGACCAACUCAGAAUUCCGAGACCUGGAGGACGGAGGCCUGGAGAGGAAGUUCUCCCUGCAGGACCUGCUGACCAACAUCAUGAUCUACUGGACCACUGGCUCCAUCGUCUCCUCCCAGCGCUACUACAAGGAAAACCUGGGCCAGGGCUUCAUGGCCCACAAGCAUGAGCGGCUGAAGGUCCACGUGCCCACGGGCUUCGCAGCCUUCCCGUGUGAGAUAAUGCAUGUGCCAGAGAAGUGGGUGAGGACCAAGUACCCUCAGCUCAUCUCCUACUCCUACAUGCCCCGCGGGGGCCACUUCGCCGCCUUCGAGGAGCCGGAGCUGCUGGCCCGGGACAUCUGCAAGUUCGUGGGGCUGGUGGAGCGGCAGUGAUGCCUCCCAGCCUUGCCUGGGGUGAGGGGUCGGCUUGCCUCCUCCCCUGGCCUGCUGGAACCCAGCUCAGGCCUCCGUACUCACUGCCUCACCCCCAUGGCGUGGCUGAUAAAUGAUUUGACUCCCA